UCUAUCUGUUAACCUUUGUGUACAUUUGUGGUUUUAGCUGAGGAUAAAAGUCCAGCUCGAGUGUGCUCAUCUCCAUUUUUGCUGUUCGUUGCAUUGACAUAAAACCAAAACAUGAAGGCUUAUCUGCUCUUGCUUCUACUGAUACCUCUCUGCUCAGCUGAGCAGUUUUACAUCGAGUGUUAUGGUCAGGACUUCCUGAUGGUCAACAACCAGCUGCUGCAGUGCACCGGCAAAGUCCAACAAGCUUGUUACACCAGAGAUAAUGGAGAUAAAGGGUGCACGCGGCUGGAGUUCUGCUCUCGACCUGGCUGGACCUGCUGUCACACCAACCGCUGCAAUGCCUGAGCCAAUCACAGACCAGGAAACUGACAUCAUCACACCACACGAUGUGAAACAAAGCUGUCCAGCAGAGUUCAAAUAAAACAGUGUGCCAUAUAUCUGAGCUCAGUGUUUAAAAAUCAAUAUUUAGUUCUCUGACCUGUAACAUCCCUGAAAUAAAAUCUGUGAAAUCAC